GAUGCCCUUGUCGUUUUCGUUUUGGGUUCUGCGUACAGCCGAACGCGACGGUGACGUACCAUUUCCUAUAAACGUCUACGGGAUUGUGGUCGUGCGCUGUUCGUUCUCCCCAACACACCCUCUACACUCGCCUUCGCCACUAUAAGGAUGGCCGAAUACUCUCAUCUCUCCGAGAUCGACUCACAGAUCGCUCCUUUAGUUGAAGCUCUUCCACGGCUUGUAAUUGACGCGAACUCACUCCCUGCUAUCCGACAAUUUUCUACAGAGGCUUUUCAGAAGGAGAGCAAGUUUGAGCACUUACUUCCGGAGAGUUCGGAAUACACAGUUGAAGAUCAUGAAAUCGACAUCGGGGAAGGGGUUAAGGUGCUCGCGAGGUCUGUAACACCCACUCCACGGACUGGUGAAGAUGGAAAAUUCCCUCUGUUAUUCUGGAUCCACGGUGGAUGUUUUGUUCUAGGAAGUCUUCAUAUGGAUGAUCAUCGGCUAAGGAUUGCGAGCGUCAAACUACGCCUUUCAAUAGUCAACUGCCAAUAUCGUUUGGCACCAGAACACCCUUUCCCAACUGCGGUUGAUGAUGUGACUACCGCUUUGAAAUAUGUUGCUUCCCAUCCGGACACUUUUUCCGCUUCGUUGAAUAAAGGGUUCCUUAUUGGAGGUCAAUCUGCAGGCGCCAAUUUGGCUGCGGUACUUUCUUGGAUCGCUCGAGAUAAUCCCUUCUUCAAGGACACGCCACUAACCGGGCAGUUCUUAGAAGUUCCAACUGUGAUUCACCCUCAGGCCAUCCCGGAGAGGUAUAAGUCGUCCCUCUUGUCCUUUGAACAGAACAAGGAUGCACCGAUAUUACCUAGAGAGCUUAUCGACAAGUUUUUGGAAUAUUACAACCCACCGCCAUCAGACCCAAGAUACUCUCCUCUCCUCUUGUCUUCACAUAAAGAUCUACCCCCUGCCUUCUUCCAAGUUUGCGGAAUGGACCCUUGGCGCGACGAAGCCUUUUUAUAUGAGAAGGUGUUAAAGGAAGCGGGUGUUCCUACCAGACUUGAAGUGUACCCAGGUGUGCCUCACGGAUUCCAAGCAUCUUUCUUUAAUAUUAAGCAAGCUGCGAGAUUGAGAGAGGACUUCAACGAAGGGUUGAAAUGGCUCCUCGAAGUUGGAAAGCCGCCUUCUUAGUUGCAUUUCAGCGUUACCUUUGCUCGAUCCAUAGUGUUGAAUGUACAACUCUGC